GCUGUCUUUUUUCUUCACGAUCGCUAUACGUUCUCUUUAAUUGAACACAGUAUUAACUUCGUCAUCACCCAGUCACAAUAUUUUUUAACAAAAACUCACUUUGGUUCAAGUUUCGUUUAAAUAACAGACCUUAAUGAUAUUCGAUUCUUGUUGAAUAUUGCUUUAUUGCUUUUCUCAUAUUUGUGUCCCGUCAGUACCUUCAAUAAGCUUCAAACUCUUCAAGGGAGUGUUUUGACACUCCCAUUAUCCGAAAGUGUCAAAAUUGUUGACAUAAUUAGUUAUAUCAUUAUUAUUAUCAUUCCGUCUUUAAUAAAAUAAGGAAAAAUGUGCAAUAUAUUGUUGAGUCCCAGUUGGAAUAUUUGUGCCACGUGAUAUUCAAUCUCCUGAUGAUUUAUUUAUCGCUACUUAACCUCAAACAUGACGCCUCUAAUUAAUUUGAUAUCGUGUAGUAUAAUAGAAAAAGAUUGCAAUGGAGAUGUAUUGUGGACUUGGUCCUAUCCUGCUGUCACUGACACCCAGAAAUCUUAUGUUACAAGGAAAUGGAACUCUCGUACCAAACAAAAUAGCAUUCAGUCUUUUAUAGGAGCAAGACUAGACAAUGCUUGGAUUUAUAUUCACAGCAGCGAAGCUAUCGCAGCCAACAAAUUGCCAAGAGUAAAGUGUUGUGCUGUAGUGCUCAUCACCAAGGAUUUCAAUCCCCAUGACUAUCAGGAACUGUGCAGAAUAAUGAAUAAUUCAUAUUGCGAAUCGGGUGAUCCUACCGAAGUUUUGAGGCAUUACUUGGCUGCAUUUUCUGAAGGUCUUGUACGUGAUUCGAAAGGCAAUGCGUUGCACCAAUUUGACGGAGAGUGGCGAAUGAAUAACAAUCAUGCCAAAAAAUUAAUAAGAACUUUCGAAUUGGAAACAAUUUUGAUAUACACAGCAAUUUUGUUGAAAAAAAAAAUUGUCAUUUAUCAUCACAGUCUUGAAGAACUGUUCGGAUGGAUCGAAACUUUUCCUACUUUGAUGAAGCAUCGCAAAGUAACUGACAAUCUUUUUCCCUGGAUUGAUCUUGUUCAGGAUGAGCUUUCAGAACUCAAAAGCUAUUCGUACUACAUUGCCGGAUGUCGAGACAGUUCUAUUUCUUCAAAACCAGAAUUAUUUGAUUUAUUGGUAAACAUUCCAGCUAGAGAAAUUACCGUUGCUUCACACGCGAAAGAGAGUCUAACUAUGACAAAAGCCCACAAGGAAAUCGCGUUAUUCAUGGUGCAACUCUGUGAAAAGGAUGACGACAACAAAGGGCAAAUAAUCAACGAGAUCGCUGAGAAGACUCAAGAUCUUUUGAGUCAAUUGAAGACUCUAGCAAUGUUAGAACCUACAGAAGGGAAAAAAGUUCUUUCUUCUGUUAAAAGUAUUCGUGAACGCGAUUUACCACCGGCGGUAGAAAAUUUUUUGAUAAACUUGGGUAUGGCAGAAAAUCUAUUUCCUAUCUGAUUAUUUUCAUUUAUAACUCAAUCCGUUUAUCCAAAAGUAUCUGAUAUUAAAAAAACUCAUCAAGCGAUGCAUUUAUUUAAUAACUGUCAUCAGCAUUUGUUCCUCGACUGAUAGAAUCUUGGUUGGAAAAAUCUCAAACUCAGAGAAUCUUUGAAUUGUAUAUCUAUUUUUUAUUGAUCGGUAUCGGAAUUUAAUAAAGGUUUUUUUGGCUUCAAUAACAA